CAGUGUGAGUACCGCGUAGGAACGCGUAUUACGGUACCAUAUAGCGAAUAGUUUUUUCCGUUCGCGAUUGCUUUCGACGUUUCCUGGUUCGACAUUUCGGCGUUCGUGCGUAAAGUGAUCACCGUGGAUGGUGGUAUCGCGUACCCGCGAGUCUAACAUGCGGGUUUAGUGCGUCCCGUGGGAGCUAGGAUACACGGGAGAGACGGGAACCUCCGACGGUAGGUCAGGCAACGAACCCCCGGGUUGAGGGAUCGAUGGGAUGGAUUUCCGCGGCCAGCUAAUUCUCCCGAUAUUGCUGUUCCUGCCCUGGAUUGACUGCCAAGGCUUCUGCGAAGUGGAAAAUGGAUCGUCCAACAUCAUUCUAGACAUAGAAGAAAGCCGGGGUUCUUCCGUCAGCCAAGCGACAACCCCGGUCGAGCUACCCAUAGGCGGCACGCCCAAUAUAGACGUGUUCCUGGAGCUGUCUUUCCCCAAGGGGCCGCCGCUGUUUUUCCUGAACGACAAAAAGUUGCAGCUUCUGGCCCCGAUUGACCGAGAUGAGGACAACUUGUCCCACAUCGUUUUCCAGUUAAUUUGCACCGUAAGAUCGUCGCACAAGAUCAAAACCAUACCUGUGAUAGUAAGACUGACGGACGUCAAUGACAACGCGCCGAAAUUCGUAGGGACGCCCUACGAAACCACCAUAUCCGAGCUGACUCCGGUAGGCACGACCAUAUUCCAAGCGAUCAACGCCAAAGACAAGGACACGGGGAUCAACGGGCAAGUCGAGUAUAAAAUCAUACAAGGGUCGACUCUUCCUCCCGACGAAGGAAUCGGACGCCAGAGGAUACAUAGCGAGGACGGCUACGGCUAUUUCGCCAUCAACUACCCACACCAGGGCCAGGUCACUGUGAAUCGCACCCUGGAUUUUGAGAAAACCCAAAGGUACUACGUCACGAUAUUGGCAACGGACAAAGCCAAAGACGAGACGCAAAGGCUGACAUCGACGACUACCCUGGUGGUGAAUGUCAGAGAUGACGAUGACCUGCCUCCUUCCUUUAUCUACAAGGGUUGCAUGUUGCUGGACGGGUCGUGCAUCAACCCCGAGUAUUCGGCGUCGGUAUCCAGCGGUGUCCAGCAUGGUAUCCUCAACAUAUCGCCCGAAAAAAUCCAAGCGGUCGACAUGGACACCAUCAACUCGCCCAUCAGGUACUCCUUCGUCAGCGGUACGCCUAGUUCAUAUUCCGAAUACUUUAAAAUCAACCCGGAUACUGGCGCCGUGCACCAAAUCAAAGCGGUCGAUACCACCACGACGAAGCAGUUCGAAAUCAUCAUCAAGGCCCAAGAGGUGUCCGAAGCGAAACGAUCUACCACGGCCAAACUGUUUGUCACCGUGAAGCCGGUGGACGCCAAUCCCCCGGAAAUAGUACUUUCAUCAACAGAAGGGUUCGUCGAUGAGAACUCUCCCAUCGGAGAAAAGGUGGUUGACUCCAGAAACAUACCGUUAACGAUUACAGUGGACGACAAGGACUUUGGGCCUGACGAUCCCAAACCGGCUUAUACUUUCGAAUUGACCACGCCCUAUUUCGCUAUCGAUAAGAACGGGCACUUGGUGGUGGCCGAGAACAACCUGGAUCGGGAUCCUCCCAACCCUGGCAAGUUCAAAUUCCAGGUGGUGGCGAGAGAGAAAAACGGUGUCGCCGCUAGCGCCCCCACUUCCGUAACUGUCAACCUAAGGGAUGUUAAUGAUAACGCCCCGAUGCUGCCCAUUAUGGCGCCCGUUUCAGUUCCAGCGGGCGACGUUAAACGCAAGGUGACUACCAUUCGAGCGACGGACAAUGACGAAGAGAAAAACGCGAUCAUCCGGUACUCCAUCUACCACGUUUCCAAUAACGGGAACAACAAGUUCACCAUUAACCCGGUAACCGGGGAAAUUGAGACUGUGGGUAAGCUCAACGCCGGUGAACAGUACAGUCUCACGGUGCAGGCGACAGAUUCGGGAGGUCUCUACAGUCAGGCCAUCGUAGAGGUCACCAUAAGUCCUGGACCGAACACUCAGGCGCCCGUGUUCGAGCAGUCGAUCUAUGAUAUCGAAGUCAGCGAAGGAGCUACCAUCAACUCGACCGUCGCCACACUCGUGGCUGUAGAUCCGGAAGGGGAUCCCGUUGCUUACUCGAUAGCUUCCGGGAAUGACCUUAGGCAGUUCGCGAUAGGCUCCAAAUCGGGGAUACUGACGGUCGUCCGCAUGUUGGACAGGGAGGAAUUGAAUAGAUACCAGCUGGUGGUGCGCGCCGAAGAUACGGGCAAGUUGUCGAGUACCGCCACGAUCAAUAUCAAGAUAACUGAUAUCAAUGAUAAAAACCCCGAAUUCGUGGGUGACCCCUACAAGUUCCAGGUCAGGGAAGGUUCGAAGAAGGUAUCUGUGGGGCAGGUGCGCGCCAUAGACGCCGACGAAGGUAUAAACGCUUUGGUGUCGUACUCCAUACCUUUCGGUUUGCCUUUCGAUAUCGAUAACCAAACUGGGGAAAUCAGCACCAACAGGCCGCUGGACUUCGAAAGUCAGAAGGAGUACCAAUUCGUCGUCACCGCGAAGGAUGGCGCCCCGGACUCUAGGAUAGCAACCGCAACCGUCGCAGUGGAGGUCUUGGAUGUGGAAGACGAGGUACCGGUGUUCAAGACUGAUUUGUACGAGGCAUUGGUGCCGGAGAACAUGGCGGAUCACUUCGUAACCACCGUCGAAGCUCACGAUCCUGACACGGUGAAGAAAAUCACCUACGUGAUUCACCAGGGCCCGACGGAUUUGUUCCGCAUUGACGAGAAGACGGGCUCCAUAUACACUACCAGAGGAUUGGACUACGAGAAAGACGUCCAGCACACUUUGGUGAUCGGCACAUUGGAGAAUAUGUCGAACGACAGGAACAGUACCACCAAAGUCGUCAUCGAGGUUGAGGAUAGGAACGACAUUCCGCCGGUGUUCACCAGGAUACCUCAUCCGAUUAGUUUGGAGGAUGAUGUGGCCAUCGGUACGAAAGUGACGACGUUAUUGGCGACGGAUUCCGAUGGUACUGCGCCAGGAAACAAGGUCAGAUACGAGAUCAUAGGGAGAGGCAAAGCGGACAAGUACUUCCAAAUCGAUCCCGACAGCGGGGUGGUACGCGUCACUAAUGAUUUGAAAAAGGAGGUGGAUAUAGAGUACCAGGUUGACGUCAGGGCGUACGACCUGGGCGAGCCGGAACUGUCAUCCGUGAUAACCGUUGAUGUUUACAUCCAGCACGUGGCGACGGUGGCUCCAGAAGUGGGGCUCAGAUUCGCCGACACUUCCUACGCACUCCAGUUACCCGAAAACGCUACUGUCGGUCAAAAAAUCAAAACUCUAACCAUAGUCAACGGCCAGACUCACGGUACGACCAUCCCGUUGAAGUGUCAGAUCGUUUCCGGUAACGAGGAAGGUAAAUUCGCGUUGAACGUGACAGAAGAACGCAACUGCGCUAUCUACCUGAACGGCACGCUCGAUUUUGAGACCCAGGAGUCGUACGUAUUCGACGUGGAAAUUAUGUCGCUGCAAGGUUUUAUCAACAAAGAGUUCGCCGUCACCCAGGUGGUCGUCAACGUGAUGGACGUCAACGACAACGAGCCGUUCUUCAUUUACCCUAACGCCGACAUUAAUAAGUACUACGCGGCGGUACCGGCGGACGUUCCCAUCGCCGGUACCGUCGCUCAGAUCAAAGCGGAAGACAAGGACAGUGGAAAGUACGGCAAGAUCGCGUAUUCGUUAUCGGGGAACCGAAGCGAGGAGUACUUCUCGGUGGACCAGUCGACGGGUAUUGUCAAAACUAGAAAGUCAUUCGACGGACUAGAUCGUAAGACGCUGCCAUUUAACCUGCGGGCCGUGGCCAGAGAUAACCCGAACUCCACGCGCGACUUCUUCGAAAUCGAAGCCCCUCUGGUGGUGAACCUCAUAUCGCAAAUGAACCGCCUGGUGCUGGUCAUGGGUGACGCUAAGCCCGACGAGGUGCAGAAGAAAUUGGGAGACAUCGUCAGAGUCAUACGCGACCAAUCGGGAUUGGUAGCCGGCAUCGAGAAGCUCACUUCGAGAGAGUACGUCAGCGCGAACGGUACCUUGGAAGUAGAUCCCGAAGGUACUGACGUCUGGUUUUACGUGGUGGAUCCCGAAACUGGAUCGAUUUUGCCCAAGAACCACACGUUGGUGAAGAGGACGAUCUUGGAGAAGUCCGCAAUGGACAAUAUCACCUUCGACAUAACCGCUCAAACGAAAAACACGGCGUUCAAUAUCCACGAACCUCUAGUAUUUCACAGAGUGAAGACCGCGUCCGUAGCGACUUUCGGGGGCGAAGUCUUCCCCUACGCCCUAAUAGUCAUCGCGUGCGUCAUUGUGGUGUUCGGAUCCGGUGGAAUCGUCUACAUAUGCGUCUCGUGGUCCAGGUACAAGUCCCACAAGGACGAGACUCAACGGCAGUACGUAGUACCCGCCAGUCCCGUGCGGUACGACACGGUCUACGUGGAGCCGAACCUUAAGGAGUACGAGACCCAGGUGCUGCAGAUGUGCGUGCCGGUAGACGACCAAGAGGAUUAUAACGAUCUUCAAAUCGACUUUAGCAACAAGAACCACGCGUUCAGUUUGGAGAACGUUAGCUACAUCGGCAAGGAUACAAAUUUGAAGAAUUACGACAAAUCCAGCCCGGCUAGCAGCGAGUCAGCCACUACGGCUAGGGCCUCGAGCGUGGGGGAGAAUAAUCUCAAAAGAAAAGAUCAUCUCUACAACAACAGGUCUUGCGACGAAGACGACUUGAACGCGAGUCCAACCAACGACAACGUUACGUUCAAGGAGAAAAAGGAUUACUCCCACAUGGGGUAUUCGUACGGGGACCAUUCUCCCGUGGAGACCACCACCGAGCUGUAGAUAACAUUUUUUUUAUUUCCUUUUUUUUGUAUAGAGUGAGAAUGACUAUUUAUAUAAAACGGGAUUUAAUUUAGGUGAAAUCGCGUGUUCUUCGAACUAGUCUGUGCCUCCACAAUUUGCCAAACCGGGAACUCGCGCGUAAUUUAUAAGAUAUAAAAGGAUAGCCAA